CCAGCUUAUCCGCGCUCUACAAGCUUCCCUCCACCCUGAACGGCUCAGCCCCUCGGCUCGCUCCUCCAUGGCGGCCGCCACCGUAAUCCCACCGGCGCCUCAGCCGCCCACCUCCUCCUCCAUCCGCUCUCUCACCGCCGCGGGCCAUCACGCUGCCGCCCUCCGCGCGCUCUCCUCCCUGGCCGCCUCCCCCUCAUCCGCUCUCGACCACUUCGCGCUCCCGCCGGCCAUCAAGUCCGCCGCGGCCCUCCGCGACUCCCGCUCCACCCGCGCCAUCCACGGCGCCUCCCUCCGCCGCGCGCUCCUCCACCGCCCCACUCCCGCCGUCUCCAACGCCCUCCUCACCGCCUACGCGCGCUGCGGCGACCUCGACGCGGCGCUCGCCCUCUUCGCCGCCACGCCGCCGGACCUCCGGGACGCCGUCUCCUACAACUCCCUCAUCUCCGCACUCUGCCUCUUCCGCCGCUGGGGCCACGCGCUCGACGCCCUCCGCGACAUGCUCGCCGACCACGAGGUCAGCUCCUUCACCCUCGUCAGCGUCCUCCUCGCCUGCUCCCACCUCGCCGACCAAGGCCACCGCCUCGGCCGCGAGGCGCACGCCUUCGCGCUCAAGCACGGCUUCCUCGACAAAGGCCGCGAGCGCUUCCCCUUCAACGCGCUGCUCUCCAUGUACGCGCGCCUCGGCCUCGUCGACGACGCGCAGAGGCUCUUCUUCUCCUCCGGCGCCGGCGUCGGAGACCUCGUCACGUGGAACACCAUGAUCAGCCUGCUGGUGCAGGGCGGGCGGUGCGAGGAGGCCGUCCAGGUGCUCUACGACAUGGUGGCCCUCGGCGUGCGCCCCGACGGCGUCACGUUCGCGAGCGCGCUCCCGGCGUGCUCGCGGUUGGAGUUGCUCGGCGUGGGCAGGGAGGUGCACGCCUUCGUCCUCAAGGACGACGACCUCGCCGCAAACUCGUUCGUGGCCAGCGCGCUGGUGGACAUGUACGCCAGCAACGAGCAGGUGAGCCAUGCGCGGAGGGUGUUCGACAUGGUGCCCGAGCAUGGCCGGCAGCUCGGGAUGUGGAACGCCAUGAUCUGCGGCUACGCGCAGCAUGGCGGCAUGGACGAGGAGGCCAUAGAGCUCUUCUCGCGGAUGGAGGCGGAGGCUGGGUGCGCGCCCAGCGAGACCACCAUGGCCGGCGUGCUCCCCGCGUGCGCACGCUCCGAGGUGUUCACUGGCAAGGAGGCCGUGCACGGGUACGUGGUGAAGCGCGAUAUGGCGAGCAACCGGUUCGUCCAGAAUGCGCUCAUGGACAUGUAUGCGCGCCUCGGCAGGAUGGAUGAGGCGCACACGAUCUUCGCCAUGAUUGAUCUCCGUGACAUCGUCUCCUGGAACACCCUCAUUACCGGCUGCAUCGUGCAGGGACUCAUCAGCGAGGCCUUUCAGCUCGUCAGGGAAAUGCAGCUGCCAUCAUCAGCUGCCUCAGGUGAAACGAUGUUAGAAGGAGAUGACACCAGCGUCGAUGGACAGAGGUGCAUGCCGAACAACAUCACCCUGAUGACACUCCUCCCGGGUUGCGCGGUCCUGGCAGCGCCGGCGAGGGGGAAGGAGAUCCAUGGGUACGCGGUGAGGCAUGCGCUGGAAUCGGACCUGGCCGUGGGCAGCGCGCUGGUGGACAUGUAUGCCAAGUGCGGCUGCCUGGCGUUGGCGAGGGCGGUGUUCGACCGGCUGCCGAGGAGGAACGUCAUUACCUGGAACGUCCUCAUCAUGGCGUAUGGGAUGCAUGGGCUCGGCGACGAGGCGUUGGCACUCUUUGACCGUAUGGUGGCAAAUGGCGAGGCGACACCCAAUGAGGUCACCUUCAUUGCUGCCCUGGCAGCCUGCAGCCACUCCGGCCUGGUCGACCGUGGCCUGGAGCUGUUCCAGGGCAUGAAGAGGGACUACGGCUUCGAGCCAACGCCAUACCUCCAUGCCUGUGUUGUUGACGUCCUCGGGCGGGCGGGCAGGCUGGAUGAGGCCUAUGGCAUCAUCAGCUCCAUGGCGCCAGGCGAGCACCAGGUGUCGGCAUGGAGCACCAUGCUCGGCGCGUGCCGGCUGCACCGGAACGUCAAGCUCGGUAGGAUCGCUGCCGAGAGACUGUUCGAGCUAGAACCCGACGAGGCCAGCCACUACGUGCUCCUCUGCAACAUCUACUCCGCCGCCGGCCUGUGGGAGAACUCAACGGAGGUGCGGGGCAUGAUGCGGCAGAGGGGCGUCGCCAAGGAGCCCGGCUGCAGCUGGAUCGAGCUGGAUGGCGCGAUCCACAGGUUCAUGGCCGGCGAGUCGGCGCACCCGGAGAGUGCCCAGGUGCAUGCGCACAUGGACGCGCUCUGGGAGCGGAUGCGGAGGGAGGGGUACGUGCCGGACACGUCGUGCGUGCUCCACGACGUCGACGAGGCCGAGAAGGCGGCGAUGCUCCGGUACCACAGCGAGAAACUCGCCAUCGCCUUUGGGCUGCUCAGGGCGCCGCCUGGAGCCACCAUUAGGGUGGCCAAGAACCUGAGGGUGUGCAACGACUGCCAUGAGGCAGCCAAGUUCAUCUCCAGGAUGGUUGGGCGGGAGAUUGUGCUCAGGGAUGUCAGAAGGUUCCACCAUUUCCGUGACGGCACCUGCUCCUGUGGGGACUAUUGGUAGCAUAGUACAAUGUCUGAAUGUCCGAUUGAUACACCACAGAAACAAGCAUCUACGUACUUGGUAAAAUCACAAAGUUUCCUCCUGAGGGCAAAAGCAAGAAACUAUUGUAGCUCCGCGGCACAAAAUUCUUGCGUUCCAAAAGAUUUGUGUUCUUCAACAGAAGCCAGAAGAACUUGUGGUUCUUCUGUUGGCAAUAACUACUCCAUGUUCAAUUGAAGGGCGGUUUAACAGUGUGAUGACCAAAUGAGCCUUUUAUGCUUUAGUUGAGGAAAAUUUGAUUGAACCGAAGAUGAAUUCCAUUUUUUCUUGCUGAAAAUUCCCACAAAAUUCUCCCAGCUGAUGAUUAGUUGAGGAAAAUUUGACUGAAUAAGUUAUUGGUCUCUUGUGACAGUGGAAAAUGAAGUAUAUCUUUAAUGA